CUUUGCUUGAGGGACGCGACCUCUGCUGCUGCUGCUGCUGCUUCGGCGGCCGUUCUUGCCGGAAGCCGGCGGGCGAGCGAGCGAGCGGGCCGGUGUGACCGACGGGCCGGGCUGGGCUGGGCUCCGCUCCCUCCGGGGACAGGAUGUGGCGGGCCCGUGUUGUCUGUCGAAACUUAGCAAAUGGGACCCACGGAGCAAGAGGGAAGGCUUCGCUGCAGAAAUCCCAUCCGGUCUCGCAAAGGUUUCUUCACUCCCUCUGCUCAGUUUCCAAGUCUCAGAGGCUCCCGUUAUGGACCUCAGUGCAGCCGUUCUCUACUCUGAGUCGCCGUCCUCUGCGCACUACCAGACUCCUCCUUGUAAAACAUGGAUCCCAACCUCACAGGAACUUUUGGCUAGCUAGAGUGGCUUCCAGGCUCCUAAAACUUCGCUAUAUUGUCCUGGGCUCUGCUGUGGGUGGAGGCUACACGGCCAAAAAGACGUAUGACCAAUGGAGAGACAUGGUGCCUGAUCUCAGCGAGUACAAGUGGAUUAUACCUGACUUUGUAUGGGAACUGGAUGAAUACGUUGAUUUUGAAAACCUUAGAAAAGCCCUUCCUGAUUCAGAAGACCUUGCAAAGUUGGUGCCUGAUUUUGACAAGAUUGGAGAGAGCCUCAGUUCACUAAAGGGCUUUUUCACACCUGGUUACAAUUUGGUUAGUGAAGUCAUAGCAGCUUCUGAUCUACUUCUGUUGUUAGGUUCUCCAGGGGAUACGGCAUUCAGAGCUGCAGAUCCGGGAUAUGAGAAUGGGAAGCAGCACAAGAAGGGCCUGCUUGGCGAACUCAUUCUCUUGCAGCAGCAAGUCCAGCAGCACGAAGAGGAGGCACGCAGAGCCGCUGACCAAUGUGGGCCAGGCUCCUCCCAGCAGAAGCGAAAGGUUUCUGACAAAGAGAAGCUGGAGCAGCUGCAAGAGGAACUCCUGCGCACUCAGCUGAAAUACCAACGGAUGCUUGAGCGUUUAGAGAAGGAGAAUAAAGAGUUAAGGAAGAUUGUAUUGCAGAAAGAUGACAAAGGCAUUCAUCAGAGGAAGCUGAAGAAAUCUUUGAUUGACAUGUAUUCUGAAGUCUUGGACGUCCUGUCUGAUUACGAUGCCAGCUAUAAUACGCAAGAUCAUCUCCCUCGGGUUGUAGUGGUUGGAGAUCAGAGUGCCGGAAAAACCAGUGUGCUUGAAAUGAUCGCGCAAGCCCGGAUCUUCCCUCGUGGCUCUGGCGAAAUGAUGACCCGUUCACCUGUCAAGGUCACCCUGAGUGAAGGUCCCCACCAUGUGGCCAUUUUCAAGGAUAGUUCUCGAGAGUUUGAUCUGACCAAGGAGGAGGAUCUGGCAGCCUUGAGAAAUGAGAUUGAGAUCAGAAUGAAGAAGAGCGUCAGAGAAGGCUGCACGGUCAGCGCGGAGACUAUCUCCCUCAGCGUGAAAGGUCCUGGCCUGCAGAGGAUGGUGCUGGUGGAUUUGCCGGGUGUCAUCAGCACGGUGACCUCCGGGAUGGCCCCAGACACCAAGGAAACCAUCUUCAGCAUGAGCAAAGCCUACAUGCAGAAUCCCAAUGCCAUCAUUCUGUGCAUUCAAGAUGGGUCCGUGGAUGCCGAACGCAGCAUCGUCACUGACUUGGUCAGCCAAAUGGAUCCUCAGGGGAAGAGGACGAUAUUUGUCCUGACAAAAGUGGACCUUGCAGAGCAAAACGUGGCCAGCCCAAACAGGAUCCAGCAGAUCAUUGAGGGCAAGCUCUUCCCCAUGAAGGCUCUUGGGUAUUUUGCAGUUGUUACAGGAAAAGGAAAUAGCAGUGAGAGCAUAGAAUCUAUUCGAGAGUAUGAAGAGGAAUUUUUCCAAAACUCCAAACUGCUGAAGAAGUGCAUGCUGAAGGCCCACCAGGUGACAACCCGCAACCUAAGCCUUGCUGUGUCGGACCGCUUUUGGAAAAUGGUGCGUGAGUCUGUGGAGCAGCAAGCAGAUGCUUUUAAAGCGACACGUUUCAAUUUGGAGACUGAGUGGAAGAACAACUACCCUCGCCUGCGAGAACUUGAUCGGGAUGAGCUGUUUGAAAAAGCAAAGAAUGAAAUCCUUGAUGAAGUCAUAAGUUUGAGCCAGGUGACGCCAAAGCACUGGGAGGAGAUUCUUCAGAAGACCUUGUGGGAGAGAGUCUCUACGCAUGUGAUCGAGAACAUCUACCUUCCAGCAGCACAAACCACGAAUUCGGGGACUUUCAACACCACUGUGGACAUCAAGCUGAAGCAGUGGACUGACAAGCAGCUGCCCAGCAAAGCAGUGGAGGUUGCCUGGGGGACGCUCCAGGAGGAAUUUGCUCGCUUCAUGACCGAGGAGGACAAGGACAAAGAGCACGACGAUAUCUUUGACAAACUGAAGCAAGCGGUGAAGGAGGAGAGCAUCAAGCGGCACAAGUGGAACGAGAAGGCAGAAGACAGCCUGAGGGUGAUCCAGCACAACGCCUUGGAAGACCGCUCCAUCUCCGACAAGCAGCAGUGGGACGCCGCAAUCCAGUUCAUGGAGGAGACGCUCCAGUGUCGCCUGAAAGACACUGAAUCGGUUAUUGAAGACAUGGUGGGUCCAGACUGGAAAAAGAGGUGGCUCCACUGGGUGGGGCGCACCAAAGAGCAGACCAUCCGCAAUGAAACAAAAAAUGAACUUGAGAAGAUGAUCAAAUGCAACGAAGAGCACCCAGCUUACCUGGCCAGCGAUGAGGUCACAACCGUCCGAAAGAACCUGGAGGCCCGAGGGGUGGCUGUAGACCCCUGCUUGAUUAAAGACACCUGGCACCAGGUUUACAGGCGGCAUUUCUUGAAGAAGGCCCUGGGCCACUGCAACCUCUGCCGGAGGGGCUUCUAUUACUACCAGAGGCAUUUUGUGGACUCUGAGCUGGAGUGCAAUGACGUGGUCCUGUUCUGGCGAAUACAGAGGAUGCUGGCCAUCACGGCGAACACGCUGAGGCAGCAGCUGACCAAUACGGAAGUGAGGCGCCUAGAGAAGAAUGUAAAAGAGGUGCUGGAGGAUUUUGCUGAGGACUGUGACAAGAAGGUGAAGUUGCUGACAGGGAAGAGAGUCCAGCUGGCCGAGGACCUCAAGAAAGUCCGGGAGAUCCAGGAAAAACUUGACGCCUUCAUUGAAGCCCUCCACCAAGAAGAGAAAUAAUUGUUCACCCAGCGGAGCCUCCAGCCAGAAGUUCUCGAACGCACUGCUCUCAAGAUGGCCAUGGAGAGUCCCUCUGGUUCCCUCCUCCUCCUCCUCCUCCUCUUCCUUCCUGAUACACUCCUUGGGGGUGUUGCAAAGGAGCAGGGGCAACAUCUUGGGGAAAGGGAGGCUGGCGAAAUCUUGGAGGCAGCCUGAGAAACCAACCUGGAGGCAGGAAGUGGGCCUGAGGUGGCCUUGCUGCGUUGGAGCGGUGUCUGCGUGUCUGCACUGGUUCCCUCUUGCAAGGGUGGGGGAGGCAGAGGGAGGGAACUGCCUGCCAGGUGUGGCAGGGCUGCCCCACAAGGGAUUUUAGCCUACACAGGGCUCCUUUCCAUAUGAAACUCGUGGAGCUUAAAAUAAAAUUUAAGCAUUUGUACAUAUAUUGAUGGCACCUGCUAAGUAAUAUUUCUUUUGUAUGUGCAGUAUGUUGAGGUGACCUAUCUUGCUUUUAAAUAGCCUGUUGAGAAAUCCAGUUUUGGAGAAUAAUUAUGAACUUGGUGGGAGCAAUCAGUUGCCGAUUGGAUUCUUCCAGUAGAUUCCAAAUGGAUGUCCGGGUUGCGGUUUGUGGAGAUCUGGCAGAGAGAACUGCACUCUGCCAGUCAUUCGUUUUGCCAGGGGAAGGGAGAAGAGAUCCAGGCCAGCCCCCUUCCAUUGCUUGUUUUGUGGAGGGGUGGGGUGGGAGAGAUUCCUUACUGACGCUAUACCAAAAAGAAAGCCUGGCUGUUGUGGGGCGGGGGGGGUGGCGGUCAGUUCCAGGCAAAUAACGAUACACCAACCACUUUUGAUGCCUGUGGAUAAACAAACUGGAGCAAGGGGAAGAAUCUUGUUUUAAAUUAUUUCUCUCCCACUUAAAGAAAAUGCAGGUUAGAACUUGGUUGGGACUCCUCCAGAGCACUCUCCUGUCCGUCUUGCUCCCAGGCCAAACUCUGUGAACUGCAGAGCCGGCCGGCCCCACAUGCACGGCCCCUGCCCGGGCGGCGGGGGGGGCUGCUUUCAGCUGCUCCUGAGGCAGGGCACCUUACCAUGGGGAGUGGAUGGUUUUCUCCAUCUCACCUGGCAGUGGUGGGUUGGGGCAAGAUUGGUGUUGGCAUUGAGAAAAUGGCCCACUUCCCAAGGGAGGCCCUGCACACAUCUGUGCAUGCGCACGUGUGCAUUCUCAUUCAACCACUUGAAAGUAGCUCCCAUGUGGGAGCUGCAGCGUUUGCCUUGAGUGAGAGGCAGUGGUACCUUGUCACAGAUCUUUGAUGUUUGAAGUCAGUGUGUGAGUGAAUGCCUCCUGUUUUCAAAAUACACUGAGCGUUCUCUGGCCACUUCUGCCCCCGAUAUGCACAUGGUGGUCCUUGUGUGUACGUCUGGGUGUGUGCCUUCCUUCCAGUGGAAGCCGCCUCAGGUAUGCGCAUGCACAGCAGUGCCCAGGGGAAUCGGCUUCCCCUGCUGAAGUGGAUGGAGCAUCUCUGGCAAGUGGGAACCACCCUGCUGUGCAUCAGAACACCUCCCCUCCUUCCACAAAUGAGUCGGCUGAGAUGUCCAUCUUCACACUCCUUUCCAGAAGUCUAUUGCUGGGGGGUUCUUCUUGUAAACGUAGUGUGGACUGUGUGUGUGCGUGCGCAGGUUUUCCCUACCGCCAGUGUCUUGGUAGAGCAUGCCCCUUUGCUGCAGUCCUUGGCAGAGUUAGUGGGUGCUGGGGUGGGCCUGGGUCCUUGGCAGUCCCCCUCUGUUCUGUCCUCUGCCCUCCAAGAUGAUGAGAAGGCGAAGUACGGGGCUGCCUUUUGCCAGCAACGAAAGGGAGAGUGAUACAGUAUUGGGGGGGGGAGGCAUCCAUUACUAAAAAGAUAAAAUGACAUUGUGCAGAAAAUGAGUUCAUUUUUCCAACUAGAUGACUUGUGCCCUCCACAAUACAAAAGAAAAGGGAUUUGGGUGGCUUUGCCUUGGCUGUGUGCCCCCCAAACCCUCUCCCACUGCUGCACAAGGAGGCCACUGCUCAGUGUGGGUGUGACCCACAGAUGCUGCUGGGAGGCUUCCUUUGGCAGGCUGUGAUUUGUCCCAUUUCCUUGUUCUUUUUGCAGUCUGGUACACCUUUUGGUUAUACUGCUGAUCCACACUUAGCGUGAUGUAUCCCAUGGAAGCUAUUUAUUGAAUGCAGAUGUUAUUGGAGGGAAGCAAAAUAAAUACAGGUUUUGAACACUU